AUGGGUACAUCUGAGCUAAACAUUCUGGAUUUCCACUGCCGGAGGACUGUGCUGACCGUGGCAUUUGUGCUUUCUUUGCCGUUUUACGUUAGUAGGAUUGUGAUCACGGACUCAUGGUUAUUUCAUUGUUCAAGAUUUAACUUCGUAGUCGUCAAGCUAUCAGAUGUGCAGUUUCGCGUUAUAAACGCGGAGGAUACUAUGUCAGUUCAGAAUAGUCUCCAUCAAGCACUUGGUAUGAACCAAUAUCUGACAGUCGCCGUUUCCUUGCCCGAAGACAUCAAAUACAUGAAUUUCAUAUUCAAGAUCGAUAAUGUGUCCAUGCGGGAUUUGGAAUCGAAGCUUGGCCAAGAUCGAAUUGAAUUUUCUAGCGAAGUCCGGCUAAAGAUGUCACUUACCGACAAGUUUAUUGAGGCUUUUCUGGAUCAAGCUAAAAAGAAUCCACGUUAUCACAGUUACGUAAAAGAGGAUCUUGAACCGUGUCUUGGAUGUUCGGAGAAGCUUUCCAAUGUCAAACUAUGGCGAAAAUGUGAUGUAUUGGGAGUGGAUGGUGACGAAAAUGUGCCAAGAUCAAGUUGUAUGCCAUGUCAAUGUCGGCCCAUGUGGUGCGUCUCUUGCAUGGCUAGGAUUUUCCUUGCCAAGCAGGAUCAGUCGAUUCCAACGCGCUGGUUGGAGGGGACCUGUCCUUGCCCGACAUGCAGAGCAACGUUUUGUGUCAUGGACGUAGCUCUUCUCUCCUUUUAUGAUGAGGAUAAUGGCGUA